AUGUCUCAAUCUUCAAGUAAUUCUGAUUUUGAAACUCAAGAAUCGGCUGAUAAAAAAGUAAAAAAAGAAUGUGUAGAUUUUACAUGGUUCAGAGAGAACGAAAACACAAACUUUCGAAGACCGAUCAUGUUUCCUGAUGAUGAAAGACACAUAACCGAAUACAUUCAAAUCAAGUUGAGCAAUAAGCAAAAUGCUCUUCUUGAUAAAGAACGUCGAGAAUUUCUUAAGCAGCAUAAAUUUGUUCUCGAUAAGGCCAAUAUCGUUGAAGAAACCACCAAAGAAUUUUUAUUAGAAUUAUUUUACCCCGAAGCAAAAUUAGCAAACAUUAAAUUUAAGAACAGUUAUUUUUUUGAUUUACACAAAUGUAAUAUUGAAAUUUGUUAA